GAAGCCAUAGCUUUGCCGGAGAUUUAGCAUACACAACCACAAUCACAUAAACCAAACUGAAUUAAAAAAAAAGAAGAAAAGAAAUGAUGAUCGGAGAACCUCAUCGUGUUUUUAAUCCUACGGUUCAUAUCCCUCCAUGGCCACUUACAACCGAAGAUCUAACGGCGUCAGAUGUUUACGGAAGUCCAGACGGAGGUAACAGCAUGAUCGAGGCUUUGGCUGCGUUACAGCGUUAUCUCCCGUCUAACGAACCGGAUCCGGAUUCUGACCCGGAUUUAUCGGGUCCUGAUUCACCCAUCGACGCUUAUUCCUGUGAUCAUUUCCGGAUGUACGAGUUUAAAGUGAGGCGCUGCGCUCGUGGAAGGAGCCAUGAUUGGACUGAGUGUCCCUACGCUCAUCCCGGAGAGAAAGCUCGCCGUCGUGAUCCCAGGAAGUACCAUUACUCCGGUACGGCGUGUCCUGACUUUCGCAAAGGCGGUUGCAAGAGAGGUGACGCCUGCGAGUUCUCUCACGGUGUUUUCGAGUGUUGGCUUCAUCCGGCGCGUUACCGUACUCAGCCGUGUAAAGACGGUGCUAACUGUCGUCGUCGUGUUUGUUUCUUCGCUCAUUCGCCCGAUCAGAUUAGGGUUUUGCCUAACCAAAGCCCUGAUCGCGUCGAUUCUUUCGACGGUUUGUCUCCCAUCCGCAGGGCUGCGGCGGCGUAUCAGUUUUCGAUUUCGCCGUCGUCUAACACUCCGCCGAUGAGUCCGCGAGGUGAUGACGCUGACUCGUCUUGUUCUUUACUGAGUCGUUCACUCGGGUCUAAUGUGGGAAACGACGUCGUCGCGUCUAUGAGGAAUCUGCAACUCAAUAAACUGGAGCAUCUCUCUUCGUCGUACAACAGCAAUCAAAUCGGAGGAUACGGAUCCGGGUUCGGGUCGCCACGUGGGUCUUUAUUGGGUCCUGGGUUUCGGAGCCUACCAAAUACACCGACCCGACCCGGAUUCAUGAACAUAUGGGAAAAUGUUCAGGAGGAAGAACCGGCGAUGGAACGGGUGGAGUCUGGUCGUGAACUGCGAGCGAAGCUGUUCGAGAAGCUGAGCAAAGAGAAUCGCAUGGGUCGGGUUGACCCGGAUCCAGAGCAGGAAACGGGUGAUGCUCCUGAUGUCGGGUGGGUCUCUGAUCUAGUGAUGUGAUUUAAACCGGACUCGUAAACCGAAGGAUUUUUAAUUAAAAAGGAUUAUUAUCGUCAUUGGAGGUUUUUUUUUUUAUAAAGUUAUCUCUUCUCAGGUAUAAGAAUGGGAUUUCUCUAAAAGUAUUUCUGUGAAUUACUAAUUUCUAUUAAUAUAAUUAUCAACGAUCCAGGGAGAUUUCUCAAUGUAUAUAGAAGUACUUAGGAUUUUUAUUUAUGAUGGAUUCACUAAUAUAAUUUUGGGUUUUCUUUUGUUUUGUUUCUGCUAUUAUGAUGUUAGAUGCAACUCUCAAUGUAAUUAUUAACUAUUCAAUGAAUGCAAUGAGAAUGUAAAU